UUAAAUUAUAGAUAUAACUAUAAAUGUCAUCAGCUUCGAGUCAACCAAUGGAUGAAACAUUCAGCCGUACAUCCAUAAAACUUCCUCCAAUACCAACACUACCUAAUAAUGACAAGUUUGAUAAAAGCAUUUUGCUAAAAUACAGAAGAGGAAAAGAAGUUGAAUACAUUUUGAAGGACAAAAUUAUUGCUAAAGCCAUUAACUCAAAGUAUUCAACAAUGGAUAACUUAAAAAGAAUUCAAAAGUAUGAAAAGAAACCUGAAAUACCUCCUUUAAGGAUUUCAAGAGAAAGACAAAUCAAGAUUAAUUACCACUUUUUAAAAAAAUGUGUGAGUAAUGCACCAGUUGCUCCAAUGCUGCAUUCUUGGUGGGACUCGAUUAUGGAUUUAGUACCAGGUCAUCUUGUUCAGUCACACUUAUUAGAAUUUACAAUCCACAGUUUGCAUAAUGAGGUUAUUGAAGAUUAUAUGAAGAGUAUGAAAAAAGCUUCAGUCCAAUAUAUAUUGCGUAAACCAAAUGUACUUGGAUUGGAAGAAGAUGAAGAUCUGCAAGAUGAACCCAUUGGAAUAGACUAUUCAUCAACCUGGCAUUCAUCAUUUGUUUAUGCGCAGGAGAAAAUAAAGUGUAGCCUUCACUGUUUGCAUCCUUCACAUCAAGCUAUACUGAAAAUUUGUCAAAGUGAUUUUUAUUCAAAGUUUCUUUUAGUUGACAUUUCCAAUAUAAGAGCGAAAGGGGCCAUAGAAUGCAAGCACAUGUUAAAUACCGUAGUGUUAGAAUGUCACAAAUCAGAAGAAAAAUUGUUACAUAGUUGGUAUCCUGAAAUCAUGAAAAUUUUUGUUAAAAAAAGUGAUUUUUGUCAUUUGAAUGAAGAACUUCUUGAUUCAUUUUAUAACAGUGUAACAACACUUGUUUCAAUACAGUUAAAAAGUAUGAUUCAUCGCACAUUAGAAAAGUAUGUGUCAUUAUUUGAAGAAAAUUCUGAGCAUUUGUUACCACUGUUUAAAAUGGAGUUAAUACUUGAUGAUAGAAUACAAUUUUAUCCUGAAAUCAAUGAAUUAGAAGAAGCUAUUACAAAGUGUGCUUCAUCUAUAAUGACAUCACUACAAACAAUCCCAACAGUUCAGUCAUGGCUAAAUGGCAGUUCUGCUUGUGUUGAUGCUAAAAUUAAUUCAGAGGUUUCAAACAGAAUGUAUAGAAUUUUAAAAGAAAGAACAUCUAUUUACUUGCAACCUGUUUUGGACUAUGAAAAAGAAUUAGAAGAGCAAUUUGAAGAUAUUGUCAAUGGGUAUACUAAAAAAUGCUUGGAUGAGUUUUUGGAAAAGGAACAUUCUUUUGAAGAAUAUGUCAAAGAAAUAGCAAAAUAUAAAACAGUUAUGCAACAAAUAUCAUCCAUUCACACUGUCACUUACUUUCAAAUCAUUCAAUUAGAUUGUGAUGAUAUGAAACGAGGCUUGGUCUUCAAAGUAAACUCGUUUGUAGAAACGCUGUUAAUAAAGCUGCUUGAUGAUCAUCGAGCAGACAAUAUGAAAAUUUCAACAAAAUUUGAAUCUAUUCAAAAUAACAUUCUAAAAUACCCUGAAUGUUCAAAGGAUGUUAUUGAUUUACAGAAGUUUUUAGAAGUCUGUCAAGUUGAAACAUUAGAGAUACUAAAAACUGAAAUACGAGAUAACUAUCCCCGCUUAAAUUAUCUUCUUGAGAGUUAUACUUUGAACACUGAGGAUCUUAGUUUAAAUAGCUCUGUACUGCUUUGGCCUACAAAAAUUCUUCCUGUUUUUAGUCAAGGGGACCAGAUUGUAGAGAAUGCUCGAAAAGAAAGUGAAAGAGCCUUAAAAGAAAAGAGAGAAAAAAUUAUUCUAGAACUAGAUAAGAUAAAAAGAAAGGUUGAAGAGUUUGUUGAGUUUGGGGAUAUGGAGCUUAUGUUGCAGUAUAUGAAAGAUGCACAAACUCUGCAAAAAAAAUUAUCUGAAAUGGUUGAUAUAAUUAAUUCCGUAAAUACUGAGGAAUCUUUAUUUAAUAUGGAGGAGUCAACAUACCCAGAAGUAACAUUUAUUAGUACAUCAGUUGAAACUUAUUUAAAACUUUUUUCAACAGCUGUUAAAUGGCAGCGGAGUGAGAAAAAAUGGAUGGAUGGUGCAUUUAAUGAGCUUGAUGCUGAAUUAAUUGAAUCAGAGGUUAAUGAUUUUGGAAAAGAGGCAUAUAAGUUAGUUAAGACUUUUAAUGCGUUAGCAGCUAGAGAUAAAGAUCUUGGUAAAGAAUCUGCUUUAAAUAAGCAAGAGUCUGAAGGUUUUGUUCCAUUACAAGUUGCCUGUAGGAUACAGUCUUUAAUACAAGAUUUCAAGGAUAACAUUCCCAUCAUCAGCAUUCUUUGUAAAAAUGGUUUACGUCAGCGUCAUUGGGAUGCAAUGUCGGAAGUUGUGGGUGAAGAUAUUACUCCAGAUUCUAGUUCAAGUUUACGCAGAAUGUUAAAAUUUAAUUUAGUGUCAUGCAUGGGACAGCUAGAAGUUAUAAGUGGAGCAGCAAGUAAGGAAUUUUCUUUGGAAAAAGCUAUGAAACGUAUGCAAGAUGACUGGGAUUCUGUAUUAUUUACCACUACAGUAUACAGAGACACAGGUGUAUCCAUCCUUUCUGCAGUUGAUGAAAUGCAAGCUGUUCUUGAUGAUCAAAUUGUAAAAACUCAAACUAUGAGAGGGUCUCCUUUUAUUAAACCAUUUGAAAAAGAAAUUAAGCAAUGGGAGAGUCAGCUUUUGCACAUGCAGGAUACUUUAGAUGAGUGGCUAAAGGUACAAUCGUCGUGGUUAUAUUUGGAGCCCAUUUUUAGCUCAGAUGAUAUCAUGCAACAAAUGCCAGAAGAAGGAAAAAAGUUUCUUAUUGUUGAUGCAGGCUGGAAAGAUAUUAUGAAUUAUUGCAUUAAAGAUCCAAGAGUACUUAAUGCAACAUCAAUGCCAAAUCUUUAUGAACACCUUCGAAAUAGCAACGAACUACUGGAACAAAUCAACAAAGGAUUAAAUGCUUAUUUGGAAAAAAAGCGUCUUUUUUUUCCAAGAUUUUUUUUCUUAUCUAAUGAUGAAAUGUUAGAAAUUUUAUCAGAAACUAAAGAUCCAUAUCGUGUUCAGCCUCAUAUGAAAAAAUGUUUUGAAGGAAUAGCAAAACUGAAAUUCACUCAGAACCUUGACAUUUCUCAUCUUUAUAGCAGUGAAGGAGAGCAGAUAGCCUUAAUUGAAACAAUAUCCACCACUUUAGCAAAAGGUGCUGUUGAAAAAUGGCUGCUCCAGGUUCAAGACAUCAUGCUUCUAAGCAUUAGAGACAUUAUUGGAAAAUCUGUUGCAGCAUAUAGCAUAACUCCAAGAGCAGAAUGGGUCAAGGAAUGGCCUGGUCAAGUUGUCAUUUGCGUUAGUCAAAUUUAUUGGACUUUAAAAGUACAUGAAGCCAUUCGUACAGGAGGCAAUUCCUUAGCAGACUACUUUACAAAGCUUUCUGAACAAUUAGAAAAAAUAGUUGAACUUGUGCGUGGAAACCUAUCAAAACAAAAUCGCAUAACUUUAGGAGCUCUUGUUGUGAUAGAUGUUCAUGCUCGUGAUGUAGUCCAAGAUAUGAUAAAUCAGGGAGUUCAAUCUGAAAAUGAUUUUAAUUGGCUUUCACAAUUGCGUUACUACUGGGAAGAAUCUAAUUGCUUAGUGCGCAAUACAAAUGCUACAGUUAGAUAUGCUUAUGAGUACUUAGGAAACUCUGCUAGGUUGGUUAUUACACCUUUGACUGAUCGCUGUUAUCGCACUUUAAUAGGGGCUUUUCAUUUGAAUUUAAAUGGAGCUCCUGAAGGGCCAGCAGGAACUGGAAAAACAGAAACUACAAAGGAUUUAUCAAAAGCACUAGCUAUUCAGUGUGUUGUGUUUAAUUGUUCUGAUGGUCUUGAUUAUUUACAAAUGGGGAAGUUUUUUAAAGGUUUGGCAUCUUGUGGGGCAUGGGCAUGCUUUGAUGAAUUUAAUCGCAUUGAACUUGAGGUUUUAUCUGUCAUUGCUCAGCAGAUUCUGUGUAUUCAACGUGCAGUGGCAGCCAAAGUAUCUGAUUUUACCUUUGAAGGAACAAAGUUAAAACUUAACUCAAAUUGUUAUGUUUGUAUCACUAUGAAUCCUGGUUAUGCUGGGAGAUCAGAGCUACCUGAUAACCUUAAGGUACUCUUUCGAACGGUUGCCAUGAUGGUUCCUGAUUAUGCAUUAAUUGGAGAAAUCAUGCUGUAUUCAUAUGGCUUUGUAAAUGCUAGAAAAUUGGCUGUAAAGAUUGUUACUACUUACAAAUUAUGUUCUGAACAACUUUCCACUCAAUUUCAUUAUGACUAUGGUAUGAGAGCUGUAAAAGCAGUAUUGUCCGCAGCUGGCAAUCUUAAAUUAAAAUUUCCUAAUGAAGAUGAAGAUAUUUUAUUAUUAAGAUCAAUUCUUGAUGUAAAUAAACCAAAGUUUUUGUCCCAUGACAUCCCCCUAUUUGAAGGAAUAAUUUCUGACUUGUUUCCUGGAGUCACUCUACCUCAAGCAGAUUAUAACUCUUUUCUAGAGGCAGUUGAUAAGGUGAGUACUAAAAGAAAUAUACAAGCUACAAAUUUUUUUAAAGAAAAAGUUAUUCAAACUUACGAAAUGAUGAUUGUGAGACAUGGUUUCAUGUUGGUGGGUGAGCCGUUUUCAAGUAAAACAAGCAUUCUAUAUGUGCUGGCUGACGCUUUAACCCUUCUUUGUGAAAAUGGUUUUCCAGAAAAUAAAGUAUCUUAUCGUACUAUUAAUCCAAAGUCAAUAACAAUGGGACAGUUAUUUGGUCAGAUUGACAGAGUUUCUCAUGAGUGGACUGAUGGUGUGUGUGCAAACACAUUUCGAGAGUAUGCUACAGACCAAUCAGAUACUAGAAAAUGGGUCAUAUUUGAUGGACCAAUUGAUGCUCUUUGGAUUGAAAAUAUGAAUACUGUUUUAGAUGAUAAUAAAAAGCUUUGUUUGAUGAGUGGAGAGAUAAUUCAACUUACAGAAGUUAUGAGUUUAAUAUUUGAAACUAAUGAUUUAUCGCAAGCAUCUCCCGCAACUGUAAGUCGCUGUGGUAUGGUAUAUUUUGAGCCAUCAUCAUUAGGAUGGAAACCUUUGCUUGAAUCAUGGAUUAACACUAUUCCUAACAUAUUGCGAGUUGAUCAAGAUAAAUACAUUAAAGCAUUAUUCUCUUGGGCUGUACCACCCUUAUUGUAUUUUUUAAGGAAAAAUUGUAAGGAGUUUGUUAAGACAUCAGACAGCAACCUUGUUCACUCAUUAAUGGUGUUUGUUGAAGUCACAAUGAAAGGUGUUAAUGAAUCUGAUGCAAACUUCAUUAAAUCAUGGCUCUGUUCUGCAUUCUUGUUUGGGGUUGUUUGGUCCAUUGGUGCUACUUGUGAUACAGUAGGAAGGAUAAAGUUUGAUACUUUUUUAAAAGAUUUAAUAAAUGGAAAAAAUGAACAGCAUCCUAUUCCAACAGAUAUUGGACGAAUUGAGAAGCCUUUUCCAUCAGAAUAUUCAGUUUAUGAUUACAUGUUUGAAAGAAAAGGACAUGGAAACUGGGUACUGUGGACAAAAACAAUAGCAAAUUCAGAAUUGAGUGGUAAAAAAAUAUCAGAUAUAAUAGUUCCUACAAUGGAUACUGCUCGUUGUUCUUAUUUUAUGGAACUUCUUUUGCGAAACCAGAAGCCUGUUUUGUUUGUUGGUCCAACAGGAACAGGAAAAAGUGUAUAUGUUAAAGAUAAGAUUAUGAAUCAUUUACCUCAGGAUGAAUACUUAGCUUUGUUUUUAAACUUUUCUGCCCAGACUACUGCUGAUCAAACUCAGGAUUUAAUAAUGUCAAAGUUAGACAAAAGAAGAAAAGGUGUAUUUGGUCCGCCUAUAGGAAAAAAACUUAUAUUAUUUGUUGACGAUGUAAACAUGCCAACUAAAGAAAAAUAUGGUGCCCAGCCACCAAUUGAAUUGCUACGGCAAUUUUUAGAUCACGGUGUUUGGUAUGAUAAGAAAGAUGCCUCUCGCAUAACUUUAACUGAUGUUCAACUUAUUACAGCAAUGGGGCCACCUGGAGAUGGUAAAAACUCUGUUACAUCACGAUUUUUAAGACAUUUUAACAUAAUCAGCAUUGCAAAGUUCAGUGAUGAGACAAUGACAAAAAUAUUUGGUAAUCUUGUGAACCACUAUUUCAAGGUUAACAACUUUCCUUCUGACUCAUAUGUCAUUGGUUCUCAAAUGGUUGCAGCAACACUGCAAAUCUACAAAGAUGCAGUUAGUAAUCUACUACCAACGCCUGCAAAAUCACAUUAUGUGUUUAAUUUAAGAGAUUUUUCACGUGUCAUUUAUGGAAUUCUUUUAAUUGAACUCCCAUCACUCUCAGAUAAAAAGUUUUUGCAACGGUUGUGGGUGCAUGAGGUUUAUCGUGUGUUUUAUGAUCGCUUGGUUGAUAAUACUGAUAGAAUGUGGCUAUUCAAUAAAAUACAAAGUGUUACAAAAGAAUACUUUAAAGAAGAACUUGAUAAAUUGUUUGCACAUCUUUCAGUAGAUAAAAAGCUAAAAGAAGAUUCAAUGAGAAGUUUAAUGUUUGGUGACUUUUUGAAUCCUAAUGCAGUUGGUAGUGAUCGUUUGUACCAAGAAGUAAAGUCUGUCGAUGAUUUGUAUCCAAUUGUUCAAAAUUAUUUAGAAGAAUACAAUCUUAUGCAUAAGACACAAAUGAAUUUAGUUAUAUUUCGGUAUGUUCUUGAGCAUUUGAGUCGAAUAAGUCGCAUUUUAAAACAAUCUGGUGGAAAUGCAAUGUUGGUAGGAAUGGGGGGAAGUGGAAGACAAUCAUUGUGCAAGUUAGCAGCAGCUAUAUCAUCAUUUAAAAUUUUCCAAAUUGAAGUAACAAAAAAUUAUGGAAUUGUAGAAUGGAGGGAGGAUUUAAAGAAACUUCUUAAAAUGGCUGGGGGACAAGAUCAGCCUACUGCAUUUAUUAUAUCUGAUAAUCAAAUUAAGGAAGAAGCAUUUUUGGAAGAUAUAGAUAGUUUGCUGAAUUCUGGUGAGGUUCCAAAUCUCUUUGCAGUAGACGAAAAAGCAGAACUGAUUGAGAUCAUAAGGACAGUUGCUUUAUCUGAAGCAAAUGACACAAAAGUUGAGUUUACACCAUUAUCUCUGUUCAAUUUUUUUGUGACUCGAUGUAAAAAUAACCUUCACAUAUUACUGUGUAUGAGCCCUAUUGGAGAGGCAUUUAGAAGAAGACUUCGUCAAUUUCCUUCCCUAAUUAAUUGUUGUACAAUAGAUUGGUUUCAGCCAUGGCCAGAUGAUGCAUUGGAAAUGGUUGCUAGUAAGUUUCUAGAACGAACUGAAAUUGAUGAGAAUCAAUUAAAAAGUGUUAUAUCAGUGUGUAAAAGCUUUCAUCAGGGAGCAAUUAAUUACUCAAAUAGAUUUUUAUUACAAGUGGGUCGUCAUAAUUAUGUCACUCCCACCUCAUACCUUGAGUUGAUUGGUUCAUUUAAGAUAUUACUAAGACAAAAACAAGAUGAGGUGUUACACAAUAAGAGAAGAUAUGAAACUGGUCUUGAUAAACUUGCUUUUGCCUCAUCACAGGUUGCUGAUAUGCAAAUUGAAUUAGAAAAACUUCAGCCUCAACUUUUUGUUGCAUCACAAGAAAAUGAAACAAUGAUGGCGAUUAUUGAAAAAGAGUCAAAAAUUGCUUCUGCUCAGCAAGAAAUUGUUAAAGCUGAUGAAAGUGUUGCUAAGCAACAAACUGCUGAAUCCCAAGCUUUAAAAAAUGAAUGUGAAGCAGAUCUUGCUGAAGCCAUUCCAGCUCUUGAAGCUGCAUUGGCUGCAUUAGAUACAUUAAAGCCUGCUGAUAUAACAAUUGUUAAGUCUAUGAAGAAUCCUCCACCAGGGGUAAAGUUAGUAAUGUCGGCUAUUUGCAUUAUGAAAGAUAUUGCUCCUGAUAAAGUUAAUGAUCCAUCUGGUUCUGGGAAAAAAGUAUUAGACUUCUGGGGACCCUCAUUGAAGCUAUUGGGUGAUAUGAAUUUUUUACAUUCAUUGAAAGAAUAUGAUAAAGAUAACAUCCCCGCACAUAUAAUGAAAAAAAUACGUUCUGAGUUCAUUUCCAACCCAGAAUUUGACCCAGUAAAGGUACGGUCAGCUUCAUCGGCAGCUGAGGGUUUAUGCAGAUGGGUAAAAUCAAUAGAAAUAUAUGAUCGAGUAGCAAAGGUUGUUGGGCCAAAGAAGAUCAAAUUAGCUGAAGCAGAAGAAUCUUUAGCGUCCACAAUGGAAUUAUUAAACAUUAAAAGAGCUGCUUUAUCUGAAAUAGAAGAAAAGGUGGCUAUAUUGACCUCUCAACUUAUUGAAAUGAACAACAAAAAAGCUCAGCUUGAAUUUCAGGUUGAUUUAUGUGGUAAAAAAUUAGAGCGUGCUGAAAAGCUUAUUGGUGGUUUAGGUGGAGAAAAAACAAGAUGGGCGGCUGCUGCUACUAAUCUUCAAAAAAUGUUUGAAAACUUGACUGGUGAUGUAUUAGUAUCAUCUGGUGUAAUUGCUUAUCUUGGGGGAUUUACUUCUGCUUUUAGAAAAGAAUAUUGUGAAGAAUGGACCAAGUUAUGUUUGGAUCUUGGCAUAAAAUGCUCAAAAGAUUUUUCCUUAAUGAAAAUUCUUGGAAAUCCUGUCAAAAUUAGAGAAUGGAACAUAGCAGGACUUCCUACUGAUAGUUUCUCAAUUGACAACAGUGUCAUAGUGGAGAAUUCACAACGAUGGCCUUUAAUGAUUGAUCCAGAAGGGCAAGCUAACAAAUGGAUUAAAAAUUCGGAAAGAGAAAAUAAACUCUCUGUUGUGAAGUUAUCAGACACUGAUUAUCUUCGAACACUUGAAAAUAGUAUUCAGUUUGGUACUCCUGUGUUGAUUGAAAACGUUGGAGAAGAGCUUGACCCUUCACUUGAACCUCUUCUUUUGAAACAGACUUUUAAGCAUGGUGGUAUUAUGUGCAUUCGUAUGGGUGAUAAAGUAAUUGAAUAUUCUGCUGAUUUUAAGCUAUUUAUUACAACAAAACUUCGUAAUCCGCAUUAUCUGCCAGAGGUUGCAACUAAAGUAACUAUUGUCAAUUUUAUGAUCACUCCUGAAGGUCUUGAAGAUCAAUUGCUUGGAAUUGUAGUUGCUAAAGAAAGACCAGAGUUAGAAGAUGAGCGUCAAGCAUUAAUCUUGCAGAGUGCUGCAAAUAAAAAGCAGUUACAAGAGAUAGAGAAUAUGAUUUUAGAAACUCUAUCAUCAUCAGAAGGAAAUAUUUUAGAAGAUGAAACAGCAAUUAAUAUACUAGAUUCUUCAAAGAUAUUAUCAGAUGAGAUUAAUCGGAAACAAAAGAUAGCUGAUGAAACAGAGAAAAAGAUUAAUCAGUCUAGACAAGGCUAUCAUUCUAUCGCAACUCAUUCUUCAAUUUUAUUCUUUUCAAUAACUGAUUUACCAAACAUUGAUCCAAUGUACCACUAUUCGUUGGCAUGGUUUGUCAACUUGUAUAUUGCAGCUAUCCAAGAUAGCAAUAAAUCGAAAAUCUUGGAAAAGAGACUUCGUUAUUUAAUUGAUUAUUUCACAUACAGUUUGUACUGCAGCAUUUGUCGAUCUCUUUUUGAAAAAGAUAAACUUCUAUUUGCAUUUAUUUUGACCGUAAAUGUGUUAACAGCAAAAAAAGAAAUUACUCGCAAUGAGUUUAUGUUUUUUUUAACGGGAGGUGUGGGAUUAGAAAAUAAAAUUCCAAAACCUGAUGCAACAUGGUUAACCGACAAAUCAUGGGAUGAAAUAUGUCGAUUAUCAGAAUACAUUCCUUUUAAAGGUUUUAGAGAUCAUUUUACAAAGAGUUUAAUAACCUGGAAGAGUAUCUUUGAUAGUAAGGACCCUGAGAAAAGUGUUUUGCCUCAUCCAUGGAGUGAAAAUUUAAGUGAUUUUCAAAAGAUAAUUGUUAUACGAUGUUUGCGACCAGACAAGGUUAUACCAUUAGUUAGAAAUUUUAUUGAAGAAAAGCUUGGUAGAAGGUUUACUGAACCUCCUCCAUUCGAUCUAACAAAAAGUUACAAUGAUUCCAACCAAUGUUCGCCAUUAAUAUUUAUUUUAUCCCCUGGAGCUGAUCCUAUGGCUGGAUUGACACGAUUUGCAGCUGAUAAAGGUUUUGGUGAAAAUUUUACUUCAAUUUCUCUAGGACAAGGACAGGGAUCAAUUGCUGCAAAAAUGAUAAAAAAUGCUUGUGAAAAUGGAAGCUGGGUUGUUUUACAGAAUUGUCAUUUGGCUGUGUCUUGGAUGCCAGCACUGGAAAAAAUAUGUGAGGAAAUGUCACCAAAUAUUGUUAAUAAAAAGUUUCGUUUGUGGCUAACUAGUUACCCAUCACCUAAAUUUCCUGUCACAAUUUUGCAAAACAGUGUUAAAAUGACUAAUGAGCCACCUACAGGUUUACGUCAAAAUUUGUUGCAGUCAUAUUUGAGUGACCCCAUAUCAGAUAAAGUUUUUUUCAAUUCUUGUCCUGGAAAAGAGUCAAACUGGGAAAAAUUGUUGUUUGGUUUGUGUUUUUUUCAUGCUGUUGUACAAGAAAGGAAAAAAUUUGGACCUAUUGGAUGGAACAUUCCAUAUGGAUUUAAUGAAUCUGAUCUACGAAUUAGUAUAAGGCAAUUACAGAUGUUCAUCAAUGAAUAUAAUGAAAUACCAUUUGAUGCAAUAUCUUACAUGACUGGAGAAUGUAAUUAUGGAGGUCGAGUCACAGAUGAUAAUGAUAGACGUUGUUUAAUGAGCAUCUUAAAAGAUUUUUGUACACCUGAAGUUAUUGUUAAUUUAAAUCAUAAGCUAUCUCCAAGUGGUCGAUAUUGUAUCCCACCAAAGAGUAGCUAUGAAGAUUACAUUGAGUUUAUUAAGGUUUUACCUGCAACACAAAAACCAGAAGUCUUUGGUAUGCAUGAGAAUGUUGACAUUACUAAAGACUUGCAGGAAACAAAGCUUCUGUUUGACUCUGUCCUUAUGAUUUUUUCUCAAAAGUCAAGUGUUGGAGGUGCUGCAACAACAGAUGAUUUGCUUAUUGAAAUUUCAACUGAUAUAUUGUCAAAGCUUCCAAAUAAUUUUAACUUGGAGGAGGCAAAAACAAAGUAUCCUGUUCUUUAUGAGGAAAGCAUGAAUACUGUGCUGGUUCAAGAGAUGGAAAGGUUUAAUAAAUUACUUGAUGUCAUUCGCUCUAGUUUAAUAGAUUUACAAAAAGCGUUCAAGGGAUUGCUUGUAAUGUCAUCUGGUUUGGAACAAAUGUCUCAAACCCUCUCUGUUGGAAAGGUUCCAGAGUUAUGGGCAAAAAGUUCUUAUCCGAGUUUAAAACCUUUGGGAAGUUAUAUUAUAGAUUUCAUUGCUAGAAUAAAUUUUUUACAGAAUUGGUACACACAUGGAAAACCAAAUGUUUUUUGGCUGUCUGGUUUUUAUUUUACCCAGGCGUUUUUAACUGGUGCCAAACAAAAUUAUGCUCGAAAAUAUACUAUUCCUAUUGACCUGCUUGGGUUUGAUUUUCAAGUAUUUUCGAGAGAUGAUAUGGAUGCUGAAGCUGAAGAUGGAGUUUAUGUACACGGUUUGUUCCUAGAAGGAGCUAGAUGGGAUAGAGAAUGUGGAGUUUUAGCCGAGGCAUAUCCUAAGAUUUUGUACGAUCAAAUGCCCGUGAUUUGGAUUAAACCUGGAAAAGCCGCUGAUAUUAAAGAAAGAAAAAUUUAUUCUUGCCCUGUGUAUAAAACAAGUGAACGCAGAGGAACGCUUUCAACCACAGGCCACUCUACUAAUUAUGUUAUACCUAUUUAUUUGGAUACAAAUGUUGAUCCACGUCAUUGGGUCAAAAGAGGUGUGGCACUUUUGUGUUGUCUCGAUGAUUAACGGUGAAACUUUUUUCUUUUUUUUUUAAAAGGUUUUCCAACUCUUAGACUUCCAAUGAGAGAGAUUUUCGUUUAUUAAAGCUCAGAUUAUUUAUUUUUAUUUGCUCAAUGAAAUUUUAUAACAUGAAAUUAAUGAAAAAUUAAUAAAGUUUUAAAAUUAUAAAGAAAAUUGUUAAUAAGAUUUAUAGCUAUUUUUUAUCAAAUGUAAAU